AGUUUUGCCUGUGGUCAAUGGUCGUCGCUUCAUUGGUCAAACCUUGAGAGCCCCGGUUCAGCAAUCGCAGUUCCACAAGGCGGCGAUGGACGGCGGCGGGGUCGAUACGGCCACGACGGCGGCCUGGAUGGAGAAGCACCGGCACAUGUACGAGCGGGCCACCCGGCACCCGUUCACCGUCUCCAUCCGCGACGGUACCGUCGACAUGUCUGCCUUCAAGCGCUGGCUGAGCCAGGACUAUCUGUUUGUAAGGGAAUUUGUUGCAUUCAUAGCAAGUGUACUGCUCAAAUGCUGCAAGCAAGAAGACAGCUCGGACAUGGAAAUCAUCCUGGGUGGAGUAGCGUCUAUCAGCGACGAGAUCUCUUGGUUCAAGAACGAAGCUACUGUAUGGGGCGUCGAUCUAGCAAGUGUUUCCCCCUUAAAAGCCAAUCUAGAGUACCACAGGUUUCUCCGGAGCUUUACUGAGCCAGAGAUUAGCUAUGCUGUUGCUGUAACUACCUUCUGGACGAUCGAAACCGUGUACCAGGACAGCUUUGGUUUCUGCAUACAAGACGGCAACAAGACGCCGCCGGAGCUCCUGGGCACCUGCCAGAGAUGGGGCAGCGCCGGGUUCAGACAGUACUGCCAGUCUCUGCAGAGCAUCGUGGAUCGUUGCUUGGCUAACGCACCGGCUGAUGCUGUCCAGAGUGCUGAAGAGGCCUUCGUCCGGGUACUCGAGCUGGAAAUUGGUUUCUGGGAUAUGAGCUCUUCUCGGUCCUAAUUACCAGCGUGUUCUCUGAGUCCAAACAUCUACGCAAAUAAUCGAACGAAAUAAAUGGUGCUUCGGGCUCAGACCCAGGUUUUCCCC